AUGUCGCUCGCCCUUCCCUUCGAGGCAAUCGACGACCUCAUCUACGACGCUCGCGCAGGCGACCUCGCUGCGCUCAAGGAGGACCUCGCAUCACUAAGCACCCAAUACGUAUGUCCUGAGGCUGCCGUCUUGUCCGCAGCCGUGGACGCAGAGCCCGAAGCAGAGGGCGGGUCCGGGAGCUGUUUGUUGCACUUUCCAGCUGCAAAUGGGAAUAUUGAGAUCCUGAACUACUUGCUGGAAGCGUUGAAAACACAACCAGAGCAUUUGCAAAAACUAAUUAACCACCGCAAUCACUCCGGAAACACACCCCUCCACUGGGCCGCCCUGAACACGCACCUAGACUGCGUCAAGGCGCUCGUGGAAGCUGGUGCUGAUAUCUCCGUGAAGAACGAUGCUGGUCUUGAUGCCGUCUUCCUUGCUGAGCGGACGGCGUGGUCGACUGGUGAGGUAAAGGAGGAUGAAGAAGAGAAUGAGUCUGGGGAGGCAGAGGUGGAAGCUAGUGUUGGUGGAGAAGGUGAAGGGAAAGGUGAAGAGAAAGGAAAGGGGCCAAUGUCGCAGGGGAGGGCUGUUGUGGAGUGGUUGUUGAGUUCGGAUAAGGGGGGUGAGUUGGAGAGUGGUGUUGGGGAAAGCUCGGGAUCUAGGGCUGCAGAGGAGGGUGAGAAGAAAUGA